CCUCUCAGGGGCUUUGAGAGACAUGUGGAGUGCAUGUUGUAUUCCUAUUUCCUAUGGUCUUUGCAUAGUAAAAUUACUUAUACUAAAAAAUGAUACUUAUAAAGCGUAACAUAUCAAAACAGCUAAUGCAAAGAAGUACCUUAUUGGCGUCUGUAUGCAGAUCCACAAUUUUUGGCACGAGUUUCACGAAUAUUCAACCAUGUAGAGGCAAGAAAAAUGACAGUAAUUCAAAUUUGCCAGAAUCUUUGUUCCAUCCUGUGCCUAUCAAACCAAAUCCAGAUGAUAUAAACAUUGGCGCUGAAUUGACUGGGUCUGUGAUAAACAAGAGAGACCUUUUAAAAAUAUUAAAUUCUUUCACACAGAAAUCAGAAAUCAAGGAACUAGCACAGGAAUACGGAUUAGACAGCUACCUUCAGGGACAAGCUUUCACAAACUUUAGACAAUAUUGUUUGCAAGCAGAAUCAUUGCCAGUGGACCUUCACAUAGUACUCAGUGAUAUUCUACAAGGUGCUGGAAAUAUCAGUGAUAUUUUUCCUUAUUUUAUACGUCAUGCUAAACAAAUGUUUCCACAUAUUGAUUGCUUGGAUGAUCUCAAAAAGAUUAGUGAUUUACGAAAUCCUGCUACUUGGUAUCCAAUAGCAAGAUCAAAAAAUAGGAAAAUAAUCUUUCAUGCUGGACCAACAAAUAGUGGAAAAACUUAUCAUGCUUUAGAAAGAUUCAUUAAUGCUAAAAGUGGGGUAUAUUGUGCACCAUUGAAAUUAUUAGUUGCAGAAGUAUUUCAUAAAUGUAACCAGAGGGGAACACCAUGUGAUUUAUUAACUGGGGAAGAACGGAAAUACGCCAAGGACCCUGAUAAUCCGGCAAAUCACUUAUCUUGUUCCGUAGAAAUGGCGAAUCUACAGAACACUUAUGAGGUAGCUGUAAUCGAUGAAAUUCAAUUAGUGCGUGAUAUUCAAAGAGGUUGGGCAUGGACGAGAGCUCUUCUUGGAAUCCCCGCAGACGAAAUACAUUUAUGCGGUGAAGCUGCUGCUAUAGAUUUGGUAGAAUCUAUAUGCAUUACGAUGGGCGAAAGUGUGGAAGUACGCAGAUACAAGCGAUUAACAGAGCUUGUAAUAGAAAAUGAAGCGCUCGGUUCUUUGAACAAUGUUAAACCGGGAGAUUGCAUAGUCUGUUUUAAUAAAAAUGAUAUAUUUACCGUAUCGCGCUCCCUUGAGAGUAGGGGAAAAGAGGUGGCAGUGAUAUAUGGCAGUUUGCCACCAGGCACCAAGUUGGCACAAGCUGCAAAAUUUAAUGAUCCUAACAAUUCUUGUAAAGUUAUGGUGGCGACUAAUGCGAUUGGAAUGGGUCUGAAUUUGCACAUUCGUAGAAUUAUAUUUUAUUCGUUGAUUCAGCCAACGAUCAACGAAAAAGGUGAAAAAGAAAUGGAGAUUUUAACCGUUUCGGCGGCUCUGCAAAUAGCAGGCCGCGCUGGACGUUACGGCUCAGCUUGGGAAACGGGCUAUGUAACAACAUAUAAACGGGAGGAUCUACCGACUUUAAAACAUUUGUUAAGUCAGGCACCAGAAAUAAUAACACAAGCUGGUCUUCAUCCGACACCAGAUCAAAUUGAACUGUAUGCUUAUCAUUUACCAAAUUCACCAUUGUCGAAUCUUAUGAAUAUUUUUGUGUCAUUGUGCAAAUUUGACGAUUCUCUUUACUUCAUAUGUAACUUAGACGACUUUAAAUUUUUCGCCGACAUGAUACAGCACGUUCCGUUGCCACUCCGUGCAAGAUAUGUAUUUUGUUGUGCGCCAAUUAAUAGGAAAUCACCAUAUGUGUGCACUAUGUUCUUGAAGUUUGCACGCCAAUACAGUAAAAAUGAUGCAAUAACAUUCAAUUGGUUGUGCCAACACAUUGGUUGGCCUUUCAAGACACCAAAGACUAUUCUUGAUCUCGUUCAUCUGGAAGCCGUGUUUGAUGUGUUGGAUCUUUAUUUAUGGCUCAGUUAUCGUUUUGCGGAUUUAUUUUCGGAUGCUAAAGUGGUCCGCGACGUGCAGAAGGAACUGGAUGCGCUUAUCGAAGCAGGAAUACUUAGAUUAGUAGCUUUACUAUUAAACUCAGACGCAGGUGGAGAAACUGAUAGCUUUGAAUUGCAGACACAAAAACAAAACUUUUAUAGAGAUUAUCAAACAACUGGCAAACGUGACACAAAUAAAGGUAAAUUGACUGAAAGAUUAAUAGCAGAAGGGCUCUUAACGCCACAGAUGUUACGUGAAUUGCAAUUCGAAUGGAUCAAGUCAUUGAAAAAGAAAAAAUAAUGUAACAUAGCAUGUGUGUCAAAUAUAAAUAUUAUAUCAAUAU